UUAAUUGUGGCUGUAUUCAAGUAUUCUUCUUGAGGAAUUAGUGGUGAAACAGUGCAUGUAGUGGAUUUUUCCUUAUCCAUGCCAUGCCUUCUCACCACACACCAACCCCUGAUUUCACAGAAAGCCAUUUACAAGAUCCAGGGAUAGUGCUGAAAAGUCAGUCAUUCUUUUUUCCAUAUGGAAAGUAAGAAAUCUAUGCAUAUAGAUUAUCUUUCCCACACAGAUCUCUGGGGAGUGACCUGUGUGCUGUUUAAUAAUUUUCUGUUAUUGCCCCCCCCCCAUAUACAAAUGAUAGUCCAAUCCAAAAUAUUUUGCUGAUCUUGCUGUCUAGGCCACAGACUAAAGACAAACUAGAUUUUAAUAAGGUCAUAACAUUGCAGAUUGUGCUGAUUAUAUAACCAUAAUUAUCUGUAUUAAUCACAGUUGCCAACUUCCAUUUUUCUGGGUGGGUGCUCCAUGCUAAGAUCUUGCUCUGCUCUUUUCCCCAAAGCCCUACUCAGGCUCAGCCUCUUUCUGCCCCUGCUCUGCCUCCUCCCUGGAGUCCCAACCCUUGUUUUGCCUCUUCCCACCAGAGUGCUUCCAGCCCACUGCCAAACAGCUGGUGUGUGUGAAUAGUGGCUAUUUUUUUCCAGUAGAGUUAGUAUCUAUGAUAUUAAAUAGUAAAUUUUAAUCCUUUUCCCAAAACUUGAUUUAUGUGCUUUACUUCAAGUCAGAUAGUUUCAAUGCCCUCACAUAAAGGAGAGUCACAGUCAUGAAGUGGGUGGUUAGAACUCAUUGAGACUAAAUAGGUCUAGCUGCCCAAUCAAUGGAACAGAUUAGAAGGGCAUUCUCUGGAUAGACCCUAAUGAAUGCACCUGCUCACUGGGGGGAAGGGAGGGAGACCACAAAAAACACAGACCCAGAUGAAAGGACUCUCUUUAUCACAGACAAGCAAAGGAGAAGAACAGUAGUAGGUCAUACUGUGAAUAGUGAUUAAGGUGGCUACUGAAACUCUGGGCUUUCUAGGGCUAUGUCUACACUGCAAUGCUAUUUAGGGAUACUGGAGUAUCCUGAAAUAACUAACGCACAUCAUCACAACAAGCCCAUUAUUUCAGGCUGGCUCUUCCAACAUCCCUGUAAACAUCAUUCCAUGAAGUGUAAGGGACCUAAAGAAUCAGUAGUAUCAAUUCCAAAAAUGCCCAUGGAUUCCCCUUGUCACAUGACCAACCUGAUCUACCUAACAUAAAAAUUAGUGUCCCAUUGGUUGCAUAUUUUGUAGGGCAAUUUAUUUCAAAAUGUAGAUCGUGCCAAAUUAUGAAAUAAGCUAUUUUGAAAUAAGAUCAAAAUAAGAUACUCAAUUUGCAUAGCUCAAAUUGCAUAUCUUAUUUCGAACUAUGGUGCAGUGAAGAAGUAGGCUAGGAGAAUGUAAGUCAGAUCACUUCAAUUUCUGUAAUUUAGGAUGAAAACACAUGUAAUGUAGCUUGAAAUGAAGAGUCACAUUAGAUGAGGCUGCUUUCUGUAUAGGUUUUUAAAAAUAUAUAUCCUUUGAUUAUAUAACAUUUAAUCCAAAUGCUAAAUAAAAAUCCUUUUUAUUAAAGAAAGCUAUUGGUCUGUCUCAUCUGUCACAAGAUCCUGAAGGAGAAAAAUGCAGGUACCUUGCAGGGUGAUAAAUAGUUGGUAUACACCGGGCAUUAUGCAAAUCCUUGUGUAAGACUGUAAGAAUCACAAGACUCCAUUUCAAGGUAAGCCACACCUUAAGGCGUGCCAGAGAGAUCAGAAAGGAGGUACUGGUGCUGCUAGCCCCAUAAUCUUAUCACAAGAAAUCCAACAAUAUAGAUUUAAAUCAUUCCAUUACUGAAAUCAUAAUAUUGAAAGUUAAGGAUGGAGUAUUAUCUUAAUACCAAAUUAUUAAUACAGAGACUAUAUGAUUCUGUGUACCAGACAAAGUUUAUGGUUUCAAAACUCUAAAUAUAUCAAGAAUGCAUUACAGAAAAUGAACAAGGAAAUGCAAUAACUCUUUGGCAUUGUAGGCUUUAAUUUGCUUAAUCCAUACAGACCUCUUGGCACCUCAUAGGAGAAUUCUGAAAAACUGUUUAGAAGCAAUUUAUUUUAUAUUAUAUUGUUAUAGUCUCCAACAUCAUUUUCUUCCAUCAUUUCAAUUAUUGGUGAUUUUCUGUUUCUUUAGUGCUUCUCCUGCUUCAUUCUUAUUUGAAGUUAUAAUCCUCUAUCACAUCAUGCCAAUUUCCCAGUAGCUGAUAGUGAUAAUACAGAGGAUUUUGACUUCAGGAAACACACUGAUUAUAUACUUAUAUGAAAUUAGUCUUCCAAAAAUGUGUGGGAUUAAUUAUAUUGGAGACUGAAAAUUCUCUGUGCACAGAACAGGUAGAACACAAAUUUGUUGUUCAAACUUCUCUAGAAAUGCAUCUCAGUAAUAUUUUAAUAUAUUUUAUACUGGAAUGAGAAAGGAGUAUAAUGUGCUUACCUGCAUAAUCCUGACCUUCUCUUCUGAAGGUACUAUGUUUGAAAGGUACCACUGUUUCUGUAAUUUGGACACCUAUUUCAUAGGAACUAGACAUAAAACAUUUAACAUAGAGUUCUCUGAAAGACAUUACUUUCAAUCACUUUUGACCUCAAACUUAGAACUUAAAAAGUGGAAGUUCAAGAUGUAAUUAUCUAAAUAUUGUGACCUAUGCUGUCUUCCAAUUUAGCAGCUUUUAAUAGAUUUCUUGUUUCAUAUUUAAAGCAAUGUCAAAAUUUCAGUGAGGUCUUUAUGGGAACCUAUCCUCAUUUAUGCAAGUGGGGAAGCUCAGGAGAAUGAGUUCUGACUGCACAAUUUAAUUCUGUAAAAAUGGAUAGAUAGAUAGAUAGAUAGAUAGAUAGAUAGAUAGAUAGAUAGAUAGAUAGAUAGAUAGAUAGAUAGAUAGAUAGAUAGAUAGAUAGAAAUCCAAAGCAAAAAUACACGUAAAGAUUACAAAAAAGAGAUAAUCACUUUAUAGGCAAAGGCUGUUCACAAAAAAAGGGGGGUUAGAAGGAGAGCUUACUAUCAUAUGUCUCACUGCUGAACUAAUGAAAACAUCAAUCAGAUGUUUUGUUAGUGGUCAUACUAUCUUUUGACAUCACUACGUCAGAGACCAGCCCUUUCAUUUAGCAUUUGGAAAUGGUAUCCCUGAUAUUUAAAGCCCCUUACAUAUUUAUUUUUACCAACCUGUUGGAAACUGGAGAGCAAGUCUCUUUAUAAGAAUAAUCAAUAACAUUAUGUAAGAACAUCCAUACUGGGUCAGACCAAAGGUCAAUCCGUCUUCCAACAAUGGCCAAUGCCAGGUGCUCCAGAAGGAAUAAACAAAACUGGUAAUCAUCAAAUAAAUCUAUUCGGUGUCACUCAUUCCCAUUUUCUGGCAAACGGAGGAGUAGGGACUAAAUUCCUUCCCCUUACUACCUUUUUAUAAUUAAUAUGGUGUUAAAGCAUUGUCUUAUAGAUACUUAAAAUGACAGCCAAUCUAAAAAGCAAAAUAUAAAGAUUCUUAAAGCUUUCUCCAAUAAUAAAAGUCAUUUUUUUAGAAAAAAUAGCACUUUACUUAUGCUUACAUGUUUCCAACAAUAUAAAAAUGGAGGAAUAAUAUUGUGAGCAUUUAGAUUUGAAUCAUAACACUUCUAAUAAAAUAAUGCAAGGGCUCCAUUUCCUUUAACGUUAUUUUAGUAUGCUUGAUUAUGCCCCGAUCCAAAGUUCUCCUAAUUCAGAAAUUGGAUGGAUUGUAUUCUUCAUUAUCUUUACCUCUUUAAUUUAUAUAGAUAACUCACUUUUUAGAAAAAUCUCAUUGGAAGUACAGAUGUUUUUUCUUGCUAGAGCACUGUCACUCAAUAGAAAUCCACCAAAAAUAUAGUUGUGUGUGUUAAAAGUCAACCCUACUAUUUUAAUAACAUCCAAGUCCACUUAAAAGUACAGUUUUAGACUUUGCUAUACUUCCUAGUUUUCAAUGAUUUGCCAGAUGCAGUGAUUUGUCUCUUCUUAUAAGUCAGACUUCUAAGAUUGAGUCCAGAGAUACAAGGAUGAAAGAAUUUGCUAAAACUGCAAAAAACUGAAGGAAGAAAAUUACUAUAGGAUAGAUUUGUAGUUCUCUAUGUUAUUACUAUGUCAAAUCAAACAUUAGUGAAGCAGAGAGAGCUUUUUGCAAGUUCAGUGAAAAAGACUGAUUGUUUUCAGUAUUUUAACAAUUUCAUUUUGCUUACCAGAUACUAGUAAAACAGCAUUUUAAAACUGGGGAUUUAUAUCACUAACCUCUGUACUUUUUACUCAUCUAGGCAGAAUUUGCCUAAAUUUACAAUCUAUUUUUUUAAAUACACCCUUAAACAUUACUGUAGAUAUUACCAAAUAAAAAUCUGAUGCAUUUUAUAAUCACUACACAAUUCUUUACCCAAUUUCUCUUUCUUUCUUUCUUUCUUUCUUUCUUUCUUUCUUUCUUUCUUUCUUUAAUUUUGGUUCUACUUCGAUCUUCUAAAAGGAACAAUUAGUUGGGCUCAGGCAGAUUGCUUCUCUCCCUCGAUCUCUGCAAAAGGACAGUUUUAGGAGAGCUGAGGAAUUAACUUCUUGUCAUCCACACGCCACCUAGUGAUGGGAAAAGGAGGGAUUGUUUUAAAAGGGAACAGAAAGGACAGAAGGAUGAAAAUGCUCAGAGCACCCGUCCCACCCGACCGCCUUUCUUGAAGGCUGGAAAAGCAAUUUGGAGAAGGGAUGCGAUGGGAACUAGAAAGAGGAAGGACGCUGCAAUUAAAAAGUCUCGCAAUACUUCAUUUCCAGCCUGACAUUUGAUUUUUUGCCUUUUUACUUUAAGCAACUCAUUUUCCCCCUUUGUUACAGAGAACUAGCACUUCACAGAGAUCUCCCUAAUCGCUUCUUCGAAGCCGUAUCCAGAGCCUGACCUCCGCCCUAGGCAGCGGGCAACUAACCACGCCGCCAAGGACUGAGCACACGGACACGCACACACACCCGCGUCCCCGCCGGCACCGCAAUCCGGCGUGUAGCGGUUUGCAAUUCUCUUUGUUCCUCCCGCGGAUCGAUGUCACCUCUCCCGGCUGCUUCCUUCGGGGGCAUUUGUAGGAGCGGAAAGGAGAAGAAGCCGCCUGGAACAUAAGAACCUGACGCCGCAGCUCCUGUCCCCGCGCGGCGAGGCAUGGCCCACCCACUGGAGGGGCAGGAGAGAGAAGCCCCGCGGUGCCCUCUGCCUCCCCAGCGCCUCUUCCCCACCCAGUUCGCGUCCAUCUGCAGCCCCGCAGCAGCCCGGCGGCAUGGGCAGCGGCACGACUCCCUCCUGACAGGGGCCAGCCCGCCGCCCGCUCUGCUCCUCGCCACAGCCGCGCUGCAUUAACUUGCCGGGCGUGAUUACGUUGCUUCCUCCCCCCCAGCCUGGAACUUGUUGCUGGCGGCGGCUGCGGAGGGGGAAACCCGGCUAACGCUGGCCCCUUGGCUCAGGACUCGGGCUCAGGCGCUGCAGUCUCCCCGCCAAGGCCCGCGGAGGCAAAAAGUCUCCAUGCAAGUGAGCGCUCUGGACGGACUUUGCCAGUGGCCAAGCUGAAAUUGCUCUGAAGUGAUUCCUUAGCAACAGCUGCAGCAGUAGCAGGUUGGACCAUGGCAGCAGGAGUAGCAGCAGGAUGGAUGCCAGUGGCCACGAAUCCCAUGCCGGCUGCUCCCCGGCAGGAGAGAAAGCGAAGCCAGGACUCCCUUAUUGUGCUGAAUGUCAGUGGUACCCAGUUCCAGACGUGGCAGGACACUUUGGAGCGUUAUCCUGAUACACUGCUGGGCAGCUCAGAGCGAGACUUCUUCUACCACCCAGAGACACAGCAGUACUUUUUUGAUCGGGAUCCUGACAUCUUCCGUCACAUCCUCAACUUCUAUCGUACAGGGAAGCUGCACUACCCUCGACAAGAAUGUAUAUCUGCUUAUGAUGAGGAGCUGGCCUUCUUUGGCAUAAUCCCUGAGAUCAUUGGUGACUGCUGCUAUGAGGAGUAUAAGGAUCGCCGGCGUGAGAAUACUGAGCGCCUUCAGGAUGAUGCAGAUCAGGAUCGUGCGGCUGAGUGUUCCCUGCCCUCCAUGACAACACGGGAGAGAAUGUGGCGGGCCUUUGAAAAUCCACAUACAAGUACGCUUGCACUGGUCUUCUACUAUGUCACUGGCUUCUUCAUUGCUAUCUCUGUCAUUGCCAAUGUGGUGGAGACAGUACCCUGUGGGGUAAACCCUGGUCGCAUCAAGGAACUGCCCUGUGGAGAGCGCUAUGCUGUGGCUUUCUUCUGCCUGGAUACUGCCUGUGUCAUGAUCUUCACUGUUGAGUAUCUUCUGCGUCUUGUGGCAGCCCCCAACCGCUACAAGUUUGUACGCAGUGUUAUGAGCAUUAUUGAUGUAGUGGCCAUCAUGCCCUAUUACAUUGGUCUGGUGAUGACAGAUAAUGAGGAUGUUAGUGGGGCCUUUGUGACACUGCGUGUCUUCCGUGUCUUCCGGAUCUUUAAGUUUUCCCGCCACUCACAGGGGCUGCGCAUCCUAGGGUACACACUGAAAAGCUGUGCCUCGGAGUUGGGCUUUCUCCUCUUCUCAUUAACCAUGGCCAUCAUCAUCUUCGCCACGGUCAUGUUCUAUGCAGAGAAAGGUUCAUCGGCCAGCAAGUUCACCAGCAUACCUGCUGCUUUUUGGUACACCAUUGUCACUAUGACAACAUUGGGGUAUGGUGACAUGGUGCCGAAGACAAUAGCUGGGAAGAUUUUUGGUUCAAUAUGUUCCCUGAGUGGGGUCUUAGUCAUUGCUCUGCCUGUUCCUGUAAUUGUCUCCAACUUCAGUCGUAUCUACCACCAGAACCAACGAGCAGACAAGCGCAGGGCACAAAAGAAAGCCAGACUUGCUAGAAUUCGAGCAGCAAAGAGCGGGACUGCUAAUGCUUACAUGCAGAGCAAACGAAAUGGCUUAUUGAGUAACCAGCUUCAGUCUACCAAUGAGGAAAAACAGACCUUUCUUAGUAAAUCUGGCUCCUCCUUUGAAACACAGCACCACCACCUGCUUCACUGUCUGGAAAAAACCACGGGUUUAUCUUAUGUUGUGGAUGAUCCCAUCUUAUCAAUAAGCUGUUCAACACCAUUUAAGAAUCACGAGUUUGUGGAUGAACAUGUUUAUGAAGACAGCUGCAUGGAGGUCUCCACAGUCAAUCGAUCCUCAAGCCACAGCCCCUCUCUCUCUUCCCAACAAGGUGUUACCAGCACUUGUUGUUCACGACGACAUAAAAAGACUUUCCGCAUCCCAAACACCAAUAUAAAUGGCAGCCGCACAGGCAGCAUACAAGAACUUAGCACCAUUCAAAUCAGAUGUAUGGAGAGGACAUCUCUAUCUAACAGCCGAUCCAGUUUAAAUGCCAAAAUGGAAGAGUGUGUAAAACUAAACUGUGAGCAGCCUUACGUCACAACAGCAAUAAUCAGCAUCCCAACUCCCCCAGUGACCACGCCCGAAGGGAAUGACAGGCCAGAAUCUUCUGCAUAUUCAGGAGGAAAUAUUGUCAGAGUAUCUGCUUUAUAAAACAAUUGGAACAAAGACAUUUGCCAGCUGAGAUCUAGCAACGAGAAGAGUUCUGAAGGAGAAAGCCGGAAAAGACAAUACCCCCUUGGUCAGUGUUACAGCAGCCACAGAUUGAAGGGGUCCAGAAAACUAAACCAUUUGGGUUUCAGUAAUGUAGCGUGUGAAGCAGUCAACCAAAUGGAGUUUCUACACAGAGUCUGAACGGUUAAACAGAACACUCUUCUUUGAUCAUUUUGACUUAUUCUAUGAGCACAAUGAAAUGUCCCCCAUUGAUGCUUCUUCUUACCAUGGGAAUUUUUUAAAAAAAAUAAACAAAAAAAACCUCCCCAUGUUUGGACAGUAUGUUCCGGCAGAAUGCAAAACAACAAUGAAAAACAUUUUGAUAAUGUCAUUUUUUCCUGUUGGUAAAUCAUGAACUUGUUGACAAAUUCCCUAUUAAAAAAAGGGGAAAACAAAAUGCUCAUAUGAAAUGUUUGUACUGACUGGCAGAAAUACAACCAUAGUGCAUGCUGAAAUUCUUUGGAGCUGUGAUCUCGAUUUACUUCUGUUGUUUUUCAGAUUAGGCAUGUUAAAAUAUUACUGUAGAAAGGGGCAUUUCUGUGCACUUACUGCUGAUUGUUAAUGUUCCAUGGUAGUUGUACAAAUAACUUACCUUUGGAAAAUGCAGUAUUCCUUACUCAAACUCAUUAGCAAACUCAAGGUGUUCAGUUAGUUCAGCAUUUAUUAUUGUUUUAUCUUGCUUCCUUGGUACUUCUACAACUGCAAUAAUUCAUUGUAUACCUGUUGUAUCAGGAAUCAGGAUUAAUUUGUUUAAAUAUUUUGCACAACUUCAUCUACACCAUGAACCCAGUGGAUGGAAAAUGUUUUCUCUAAUGUGGAGAAGUUUUAAAUAACCAUGUAAUCAAGACUGUUUCCCACAAAUGUACUUUUCAGUCAAACUUCUUUUUGUCCAAUAUAAAUUUUAUUUCCAUGAUGCAGUACAUUUACCUGGUCUAACACACCUUUCUUCUUUGAGAUUUCAAGACUGCAAAAAUUGGCUUAAACUUUUGUGCUUACUUUUGUAUUUCCUGAACCAGCCUUUUAGUGUAAAGUUACAGUGUCAAUCCCAUUUGAAAGGAAAUUAAAACAAAGGGGUUUUGUGACAAAUAGCACUUAGCUUUAAACCUCUUUGUUUUUCUGCAGUAUCUAGAAGAUCCAGUCCACCAGGCUUAGCCCCUGGCAGGCCCCCAUACGCCCAUAUUUACCUAUGCCUCCACAGGUACGGGCAAUCACAGCUCCUGCUGUCUGCAGAUCACCCCUCCUGGCCAAAGGGAGCUGCAAUCACCUGUAUCUGUGGAGGUGUAGAUAAAUACAGUAUAGUGGCAGGGGCCCAAUAGGGACUAAACCUUGUGACCCAUCACUGUUUUACUGCCCACCCCUGAUCUAGAAUAUUGGCUAUGUUGCACAAUGGAGGAAAUUUAGUGAAAACAGUUUGCUAAAACUCUCCUUUUAGUUGUCUGUAAAACCUGCAUCCAAAAAUGUUUGUGGAAAUUCAUAUUUUGCAAGGCUAUACCUAAGAUACACUGAUAAACUCAAGAUUUUAGAUUUUUCUGCAAAAUUAUGAUUUACUUCAUUGGAAAUUUAGCAGUGGGAUCAGACCCAUAAAUGGAUAUAAGGACUUUACUAUUUUAAAAUGCCUUUUUGCUUCAUUGUCUCAUAGAACUCAGUUUUCUUACCAAAAGGUUUUUGCGAAUUGCAGUUUUCUUUACUAUAGAACAUGAGAAUGUUAAGAGAUUUGUCAUCUUGAAAAUGCUAUACACAUGAAAUAGUGUUUAUAGUAGAAAUACUGUAUCAGCAGAAAUUACUGCAUAGCUAUAUAUAUAUAUACAC